AUGGCAGCCCGCGCAAACGUGCUGUCACGGCACGCGCCCGGUCGGGCACCUCUGCGCCUGUUCAACCAGGCUCCUCUCACCCGCCAAUGGCAGCCCUCGAGCCUUCUUCGCUCCCCUACCGUCCGCCUCUCGUCCACGACCCCCGAAGCCGCCUCCGAAACCGCGUCGAAAGCCGCCGCUGAGACCGCGAAGGAAGUGAAGAAGGGAACCCGGUCUGCCGGGUCACGCUUCAAGCGCUAUGCCUACGGUACCACCUUCGCACUCCUCUCUGGCGUCGGCUACCUCUACUUCACCGACACUCGCGCCAGCGCUCACCAGUACCUGGUGCCGCCGCUCAUCCGCACCAUCUGGUCUGAUGCCGAGGAAGCCCACCACGUCGGUACCAAGGCAAUGAAGACGCUCUACCAGCUAGGCCUGCACCCCCGUGAGCGCGGCGAUCCAGACGGUGCGGGCGACCUGCGCAUUACCGUCUUCGGGCACUCGCUGGACAACCCCAUCGGCAUCUCGGCUGGGCUGGACAAGAACGCGGAUAUCCCAGAUCCGCUCUUCGCGCUGGGCCCGGCCGUCGUCGAGGUCGGCGGCAUCACGCCCAAGCCACAGCCUGGCAACCCGCAGCCGCGCUGCUUCCGCGUCGUCUCGCAGGAGGGCCUGAUCAACCGCUACGGCCUCAACUCCGAGGGCGCAGACAACAUCGCCGCUCGCCUGCGCCAGCGCGUUCGCGAGUUCGCAUACCAGAUGGGCUACGGCCUUGGGCCGGAUGCUGAGCAGGCCGUGCUGGACGGUGCUGCGGGCGUGCCGCCGGGCAGCUUGGUUCCUGGCAAGCUGAUGUGUGUGCAGGUCGCGAAGAACAAGACGACGCCUGAGGCCGACAUCGAGGCCAUUAAGAACGACUACGUCUACUGCGUCGACCGCCUCGCCAAGUACGCCGACGUCAUCGUUGUCAAUGUAUCCAGCCCCAACACGCCUGGCCUGCGCUCGCUGCAGCGUGUCGAGCCGCUUACUCGCAUCCUGACGGGUGUCGUCAACGCUGCGAAGGCGGCUGAUCGCAAGACUAAGCCCGCCGUCAUGGUCAAGGUUUCUCCGGACGAAGAUACGGAGGAGCAGAUGUCCGGUAUCUGCGAUGCUGUCUGGGAGAGCGGCGUCGACGGCGUCAUCGUUGGAAACACUACGAAGAGCAGGCCUGCGCCUCUGCCCCGAGGCUACAUCAUGCCGGCACACGAGCAGGAGACGCUGCUUGAGACGGGUGGCUACUCUGGACCGCAGCUGUUUGACAAGACGCUCGGAAUGGUGGCGAAGUACAGGAAGAUGCUGGACCAGGGUCCCAGGCUUGAGCCCAAGGGAGAUAAGCCAGAGACUUCCAUCGUCGAGAAGAUCGAGGCUGCUGCGGCAGACGUCGCAUCCGAGGCUUCUGCGUCUGCGGAGGUCAAGGUCGCUGACCCUACCGAGAACGUCACCACCAGCCCUGACGACUUGACUGAGAUUGCGCCAGUAGUGAAGGCCGCGGCUCCCUCGGCGGCAGAGAAGGUGGCCGGUGACAGGACGCCCUAUUCGCACAAGCCGAAGGAGAUCUGGGCUACGGGUGGCGUGACGAAUGGCAAGCAAGCGCUGCAGCUGCUGAACGCGGGUGCCAGCGUGGCCAUGAUCUACACUACCAUGGUGUACAAUGGCAGCGGCACGGUGACUAAGAUCAAGAACCAGAUGAGGAAGGAGAUCAAGAAGGAAUAG